AGAGAGAGAGAGACAGAGAGAGACAGAGAGGAAGGAGAGAGACAGAGAGGAAGGAGAGAGACCGAGAAAGGAGAGAGAGACAGAGAGGAAGGAGAGAGACAGAGAGGAAGGAGAGAGAGACAGAGAGGAAGGAGAGAGAGACAGAGAGGAAGGAGAGAGAGACAGAGAACAGGGAGAGAGAAUAGAACAGAGGACCAGCUGUGUGGACCUUCAUAUGGAGUCUAUAACAGAGGGAGGAGGAGGAGGAGGAGGGCUGAGGGAGCUGGUUCUAAAGUGGUUUACAGAGACCCAGGCCCCUCUCAUUCUCCUCCAUGAAGGAAACUUUCCCGAUUGGUUCCAAGGCUUCACCACCAGGAAGGAAGCAGAGGAUCAGCUGAGAGACAAGCCUCUGGGAUGUUUUCUCAUCAGACUCAGUGACAAAGCUGUAGGAUACAUCCUCUCAUACAAAGGACAAGAUCGCUGCCGCCAUUUUGUGAUCAACCAGGACCAAGCUGGGCUGUUCGCUAUCUCCGGGGACGACCAGCCUCACCACAGCCUCACAGAACUGAUAGAGCACUACAGAGUCCAUCCCAUCCAGCCCUUUGGAGAGUCCCUCACCUCUACAUACUGUUGUCAGUCAAGCUCAGGAGAGCUGUAUGAUGUGGUGCAGUUCGAGGCCAAAGAGAAGAAGAAGACCGGUGGGGUCAGUGUCCGAGCCCUGAGAAGUUACUGGGACCAGCAGAACGAACAGAAGAAUGACCAACACCAACAGAAUGACCAUCAAAAGGACCAUCACAAUGACCCACGGAAUGACCCACGGAAUGACCCACGGAAUGACCCACGGAAUGACCCACGGAACGACCCACGGAAUGACCCACGGAAUGACCCACGGAACGACCCACGGAAUGACCCACGGAAUGAGCAGCACCAAUGGAAUGACCUGCCGCCAACUAGGCAGCCCCCUGCAGUGCCACCCGUGCUGCCGCCCAAAACCAACAACAGGAAGUUGACAUCAACAGUAUCCAUUGGCAGGAAGUCCCUCCCACAGCAAGCAGUUCCUCCAGUACCAAGGCGAGGCCCACCUCUGACCCACUCUCUGAGUGGAACCUUGUCUGACAAGAGCCCGUCUCAAACCCAAUACGCUGAAAUACAUCAUGACCAAACCAGGACCACAUCUCACGGUCAAACCCAAUACGCUGAGAUACAUCAUGACCAAACCAGGACCACAUCUCACGGUCAAACCCAAUACGCUGAGAUACAUCAUGACCAAACCAAGACCACAUCUCACGGUCAAACCCAAUACGCAGAAAUACAUCAUGACCAAACCAAGACCAAAUCUCAUGGUCAAACCCAAUACGCAGAAAUACACACGAACCAGAACAAAGUGGAGAGACUGGCCAGUACUGGGAGUCUGAACCAGAGGAGAAGCACUGGGCCCUGGUCCUUCAAUAACACCUCCACAGCAGCAGGAGGAGUCAUGUACUCUGAGCUGACCCUGCCAGAUGGACGGAGCCGCUCUCUACCCCGCCUGGACGACGCCACGGAGGAGGAGGAGGAGGAGGAGGAGGGGUACUCCGACAGGAUAACCAUCCCUUGCUUCCCCAACACCUCUCACUCCCCCAAUCCCUCCAAGAGGGUCACCUGCAACGCCUACUCUCUUCAGGACCCCAGGGAAAGCCCCCGGCCACAGAUCCACGGUGGACCACAAAGCCUGGAUCAGCUGAGCAUCAACCCACUGUACCAGGCCUCUGUCGGGCUUGGUGAGGGCCGGGACGCCCCCUGGAAGGUACCACAGAAGCAGAGAGAAGGGGACCGUGGCAGAAGCCCCCAGGACCAGACUACCCAACAGGAGGAGAGUAUGUAUGCAGAGGUUCCAGAGGGGCCAUCUCCUCCCCGUCAUAUGAUUACAGACAACACCUAUGAGCAGAUCCCAGGGGACGGUGGCCAAAAGAGGACACAAAGCACCGCCACAGACCAGGAGGGAAACACCUAUGAGAUGCUGGAGAACCUGAAGUCCAAGGAGUCUACUUGGGGCAAGAAGAAUAUCACAUGGAGAAAAUUAUUCCCUGAAUACAAGAAGAAAUAGCAGCACCCUGCAGAUUCAGCAACAAACCAAUCAGCACCCUGCAGAUUCAGCAACAAACCAAUCAGCACCCUGCAGAUUCAGCAACAAACCAAUCAGCACCCUGCAGAUUCAGCAACAAACCAAUCAGCACCCUGCAGAUUCAGCAACAAACCAAUCAGCACCCUGCAGAUUCAGCAACAAACCAAUCAGCACCAUGCAGAUUCAGCAACAAACCAAUCAGCACCCUGCAGAUUCAGCAGGAAGACAAUUCUUUGGUCAAUGUUAUUGUAUUUAGGAAAUGUGUAGACUUGUGUUAUCUCUGUGUUAAAUGUGUUUUAUUAGCAAAUAUAAAUUAAAUGCAUUUUCCCUUAUCCACACAUUGAUUGUACUUGGAAAUUGAAACUCAAGCUGUCUUGAGCAGAGAGAGAGAGAGAAAAACUAGUGCAGCUAUACACUGAGUGUACAAAACAUGAUUGAGUUGCACCCCUUUUAACCUACAGAACAGCCUCAAUUCAUCGGGCGUGGACUCUACAAGGUGUUGAAAGCCUUCCACAGGGUCUCUACAAGGUGUUGAAAGCCUUCCACAGGGACACUACAAGGUGUUGAAAGCAUUCCACAGGGACUCUACAAGGUGUUGAAAGCCUUCCACAGGGACUCUACAAGGUGUUGAAAGCCUUCCACAGGGUCUCUACAAGGUGUUGAAAGCCUUCCACAGGGUCUCUAAAAGGUGUUGAAAGCCUUCCACAGGGAUGCUGGCCCAUGUUGACUCCAAUGCUUCCCACAGUUGUGUCAGGUUGGCUGGAUGUCCUUUGGGUGGUGGACCGUUCUUGAUACACACGGGGAAACUGUUCAGUGUGAAAAACCCAGCAUCGUUGCAGUUCUUGACACACUCUAACUGGUGCGCCAGGUACCUACUACCACACCCCGUUUAAAGGCAUGUACAUAUUUUGUCUUGCCCUUUCACCCUCUGAAUGUCACACAUACACAAUCCAUGUCUCAGUUGUCUCAAGGCUUAAAAAUUCUUCUUCAACCUGACUCCUCCCCUUCACCUAAGACUGACUGAAGUGGAUUUAACAUGACUCCUCCCCUUCACCUAAGACUGACUGAAGUGGAUUUAACAUGACUCCUCCCCUUCACCUAAGACUGACUGAAGUGGAUUUAACAUGACUCCUCCCCUUCACCUACGACUGACUGAAGUGGAUUUAACAUGACUCCUCCCCUUCACCUACACUGACUGAAGUGGAUUUAACCUGACUCCUCCCCUUCACCUACACUGACUGAAGUGGAUUUAACAUGACUCCUCCCCUUCACCUACGACUGACUGAAGUGGAUUUAACAUGACUCCUCCCCUUCACCUAAGACUGACUGAAGUGGAUUUAACAUGACUCCUCCCCUUCACCUACGACUGACUGAAGUGGAUUUAACAACAGACAUCAAAAAGGAUUGUAUCUUUCACCUGGUCAGUCUGUGUCACAGUAGUAUGUAUGGAGAGGACAUUACAGUAGUAUGUAUGGAGGGUCUAUGGAAGGUCUACUGAGGGUCUAUGGAUGGUUGAUGUAUUCUGAUAGAGGACAUUACAGUAGUGUCUAUGGAGGGUAUAUGGAAGGUCUAUGGAGGGUCUAUGGAUGGUUGAUGUAUUCUGAUAGAGGACAUUACAUAGUAUGUAUGGAGAGGACAUCACAGUAGUAUGUAUGGAGGGUCUAUGUCACAGUAGUAUGUAUGGAGAGGACAUUACAGUAGUGUCUAUGGAGGGUCUAUGCAGGGUCUAUGGAAGGUCUAUGGAAGGUCUACUGAGGGUCUACUGAGGGUCUAUGGAUGGUUGAUGUAUUCUGAUAGAGGACAUUACAGUAGUGUCUAUGGAGGGUCUAUGGAGGGUCUAUGCAGGGUCUAUGGAAGGUCUAUGGAAGGUCUACUGAGGGUCUAUGGAGGGUCUACUGAGGGUCUAUGGAUGGUUGAUGUAUUCUGAUAGAGGACAUUACAAUAGUGUCUAUGGAGGGUCUAUGGAGGGUCUAUGGAGGGUCUAUGGAAGGUCUACUGAGGGUCUAUGGAAGGUCUACUGAGGGUCUAUGGAUGGUUGAUGUAUUCUGAUAGAGGACAUUACAGUAGUAUGUAUGGAGGGUCUAUGGAGGGUUUAGGGAGGGAUACCUGGUACAUUAAAGGCACAUAAACAUCAGUGAGAGAGUUCAGAUGUUAGACUGUACUGUAUAAUACUUCCUGUUUAUAGAACCUCUCGGUACUGUAUAAUACUACUUCCUAUUUAUGGAACCUCUCUGUACUGUAUAAUACUACUUCCUGUUUAUGGAACCCCUCUGUACUGUAUAAUACUACUUCCUGUUUAUGUAACCCCUCUGUACUGUAUAAUACUACUUCCUGUUUAUGGAACCCCUCUGUACUGUAUAAUACUACUUCCUGUUUAUGGAACCUCUCUGUACUGUAUAAUACUAAUUCCUGUUUAUGGAACCUCUCUGUACUGUAUAAUACUACUUCCUGUUUAUGGAACCCCUCUGUACUGUAUAAUACUACUUCCUGUUUAUGGAACCCCUCUGUACUGUAUAUACUACUUCCUGUUUAUGGAACCUCUGUACUGUAUAAUACUACUUCCUGUUUAUGGAACCCCUCUGUACUGUAUAAUACUACUUCCUGUUUAUGGAACCUCUCUGUACUGUAUAAUACUACUUCCUGUUUAUGGAACCUCUCUGUACUGUAUAAUACUACUUCCUGUUUAUGUAACCCCUCUGUACUGUAUAAUACUACUUCCUGUUUAUGGAACCUCUGUACUGUAUAAUACUACUUCCUGUUUAUGGAACCUCUGUACUGUAUAAUACUACUUCCUGUUUAUGGAACCUCUCUAUACUGUAUAAUACUACUUCCUGUUUAUGGAACCUCUGUACUGUAUAAUACUACUUCCUGUUUAUGGAACCUCUCUAUACUGUAUAAUACUACUUCCUGUUUAUGGAACCUCUGUACUGUAUAAUACUACUUCCUGUUUAUGGAACCCCUCUGUACUGUAUAAUACUACUUCCUGUUUAUGGAACCUCUCUGCAUCAUUUUAUCCAUUGGAAUAGUUACACCACUUGAAUUCUGAUUAAAGUACCAUACUCAUAA